UGCCAAACUUUUGGUUGCUAUAAAAGUGCUGCGCCGUGCCACAGUUCAUCAGUUCAAAGCAAAGCUUCAAGCAAACCAAACAACUACAGUCACACAACAACCACAACUAUCCCAACUAAACAAACCUAAGCAGAGAAAUGCGUGGAUUCAUUGUUUUGUGUUUGUCCGCCGUGGCCAUCGCCGCACCACAAGGCUAUAACUACAACCCAGCUUCCGCUGGACAUGGUGUCGGACAUGGUGCCGGACAUGGCGCAGGUGGCGCGAUCGCACAUGGACAUGGUGGUUUCGGUCAGUUCAGUCAGUCCUCCGGUGCUGGUGGCGCUUUCUUCGGCGGUAGCAGCAGUGGUGUUUCCGGCGGCAUUGGCGGUGGACAAGGUGGUUUCUUCGGACAUGGCGGUGCUGGCGUGCAACAACAACAAGCUGUAGUCUCAAAACGUUUCUUCAUCCAUACCGCACCCGAAGAUGCUGAGGAGCAAUACCAAGAGAAACACAUCACCGUCGGUGUGCCACGCAAGAACUACAAUGUUGUCUUCAUCAAAUCGCCAAACCGUUCACAAAAGAAGGCCUCCAUCAAGAUCACACCCGCCAUCAACGAAGAGAAGACCGUCAUCUAUGUGCUCAACAAGAAGACCGACGGCACCGAUAUCGACGCACAAGUCUUGGAACAGGCCCCAGUCACCACCAAACCCGAAGUCUUCUUCAUCAAGUACAAGACCGCCGAGGAGGCUCAACAUGCCCAACAGGAAAUCCAAGCUCAAUACGAUGCGCUCGGCGGCAGCAGCCAGGUCACCGACGAGGGUGUCGCACCAGUCAGCUCGGUCAUCGGCUCACUCGGUGGCGGCGAUGGUGCCGGUGCUGGUGCUCAUGCUGGCGCUGGAGCUGGUGUUGGUGCUGGUAUUGGUGGUGGUAUUGGCGGUGGUGCCAUCGGCGGACAUGCCGGUAACAAUGCAUACUUGCCACCCAAUUUCAAAUAAGCUGAGAUAGUUGUUGUUUGUUGAUUAUUUAGUACUGUUAUUGUUGUUAAAUAUUUUUUAUAAUCGCUUUACGCUUUGCGUUGAACCACAAGUGAAGCGCAGAGCAUUGUUAAAUCUUUUUGUAUAUUUUUUGCACUUUGCAAGGCACAAACUUUUCAGUUUGUCAUGCGAGUGGUGAAUAAAUAAAUAAAUAAGUUUUUGUAUGAAUUGAAAUUGAAAA